CGUCUGCCGUUUGUUAGGUAUGCCUGAGCCAGCCAAGUCCGCUCCUGCCCCUAAAAAGGGCUCUAAGAAGGCCGUGACCAAGGCGCAGAAGAAGGACGGCAAGAAGCGCAAGCGCAGCCGCAAGGAGAGCUACUCCGUGUACGUGUACAAGGUGCUGAAGCAGGUCCACCCGGACACCGGCAUCUCGUCCAAGGCCAUGGGCAUCAUGAACUCGUUUGUGAACGACAUCUUCGAGCGCAUCGCGGGCGAGGCAUCGCGUCUGGCGCAUUACAACAAGCGCUCGACCAUCACAUCCAGGGAGAUCCAGACGGCCGUGCGCCUGCUGCUGCCCGGGGAGCUGGCCAAACACGCGGUGUCUGAGGGCACCAAGGCCGUCACCAAGUACACCAGCUCCAAGUAAUCCAGACAAAGGGGCGUUUAUGCAUAUUUGAUUCCAAAGGCUCUUUUAAGAGCCACCCAC